GCCAGGGUCCCCGGGGGUGGGAAGGAAGGCAGGAAGGCCGGCGCAGCCGUGCGCUCCGUGAAGCCCGCCACCCCUGCCCGCAGCCCGCUGCCCGGACCGGCCUGGCACCAUGCUGCCCGCGCGCUGCGCCCGCCUGCUCACGCCCCACUUGCUGCUGGUGUUAGUGCAGCUGUCCCCGGCUCGCGACCACCGCACCACCGGCCCCAGGUUUCUCAUAAGUGACCGUGACCCUCAGUGCAACCUCCACUGCUCCAGGACUCAACCCAAACCUGUCUGUGCUUCCGACGGCAGGUCCUACGAGUCCAUGUGUGAGUACCAGCGAGCUAAGUGCCGAGACCCAACACUGGGUGUGGUACAUCGAGGCAGAUGCAAAGACGCUGGCCAGAGCAAGUGCCGCCUGGAGCGGGCUCAGGCCCUGGAGCAAGCCAAGAAGCCCCAGGAGGCGGUGUUUGUCCCGGAGUGCACGGAGGAUGGCUCCUUCACCCAGGUGCAGUGCCAUACUUACACCGGCUAUUGCUGGUGUGUUACCCCAGAUGGGAAGCCCAUCAGUGGCUCUUCUGUGCAGAAUAAAACUCCUGUAUGUUCAGGUUCGGUCACUGAUAAGCCUGCGAGCCAGGGUAACUCAGGAAGGAAAGAUGACGGGUCUAAGCCGACACCCACGAUGGAGACCCAGCCGGUGUUCGAUGGAGACGAAAUCACAGCUCCAACUCUCUGGAUUAAACACUUGGUAAUCAAGGACUCCAAACUGAACAACACCAACAUAAGAAAUUCAGAGAAAGUUCACUCGUGUGACCAGGAGAGACAGAGUGCCCUGGAAGAGGCCCGGCAGAACCCCCGCGAGGGCAUUGUGAUCCCUGAGUGCGCCCCUGGGGGUCUCUAUAAACCAGUGCAGUGCCACCAGUCCACUGGCUACUGCUGGUGUGUGCUGGUGGACACCGGGCGUCCGCUGCCGGGGACCUCCACACGCUACGUGAUGCCCAGUUGUGAGAGUGAUGCCAGGGCUAAGAGUGCAGAGGUGGAGGACCCCUUCAAGGACAGGGAGCUGCCAGGCUGUCCAGAAGGGAAGAAACUGGAAUUUAUCACCAGCCUACUGGAUGCCCUCACCACUGACAUGGUGCAGGCCAUUAACUCAGCAGCGCCCACUGGAGGUGGGAGGUGAGAGCGUGAGCAGGACUCAGGCCCAGUGGGACCUCGGAGCCCCUGAUCUUUUAGAUGCUGCAGGAUGCUGAGACAGUGGGGAGGCCUUGGGUAGCGCAAGGGCUGGAAGUUGAUCCUUUUCCUGAAACCAUGUAGCUGUGACUUAGUCCAACCUUCUGCCAAAAAUCUCACCACCCCUCUCCCCUUUCCAGUCAGUGGGAGUUGCUUUUCUCUAGCUUGUAGUUACCUGAUUACAGGUAAGUCCAGGAGUGUCUGGGACUUCCCAGGUGGUGCUAGUGGUAAGGAACCCACCUGCCAAUG